AUGCGUUCCAAACCCUCGUCUGCGAUGCAGAAAACUUACGAUGAAUGCUACCUGAUGUGCUCAACGGCGGUGUUUUUUGAAGGCCAGAAUAAUGAGGCGGAAGCUCUUAGAUCAUGGCGCUCCGCCCUCCAAACGUUAGAGCACCACAACGCUUAUAGAAUGUCCAAACAUUAUGUCCCCAAGACUGAAACUGAGAAGGCCCUCCACGAUUCGCUGCGCGACUUGGAGCUGCAAUGCAAGGAGCGCAUAGAUUUGUUAAAUGCACUGAGUGAAAGCCGUAAGGAAGCUGGCUUCCUGCAGGUGGCGCCGAGCGCAUCCCUUGGGGAACAGGAAACUGGGAAGGUACAGCUGAACGGAACCGGUGCGGUGUCUAGCUCGCCCACGACACCCGGCUGGCUUGCAGAUGGCACAGUACCGUCAUUUACUUAUGCGCAACUCUCACGGCCACCUUCACGAGCCUCUGCUCCUGUGUCCAACAGGAGAGCGUCAUUGCCACAGAGACCGAGCGGAGAUUCGCUGCUCAGACAACGAUCAAGUGAGAAGCCCGCUCAUGGAUGCAACUCGACUUCCCUAUCUCCGUCGUCUCCUCAAUCAUCUUCACCAUCGGUAAAUACACUGUCGAGAAUCUCAAGCCCGGAAAAGAGAACCAUGUUAACGACCUUACGGACCAAGGACCCUAAGAUGAGCUCCAGUUCGAGGGAUAAAGAUACCGGUGAGCGGACCGAACGAGCUGAGUCCCGGCCUGCACUAUCGGCAUCUAGAGCUGCGGGUUUAGCAUGGAGUUCUAUUUCCCGCUUGUCCAGGUCCGGUGCUGCAACAACUACACCUAAGAAGAAUCCAGCAGUCGAUCCCAGCUCGCGGAAGGGUCUUUUUUCCAGUAGCGACAUGUCUAGACAGACCAAAACAUCCUAUCUCUCAGACUAUCUCCGGUCGUCUAGUCCAACGGGAUCGCCACAGCAGUCCCGAACUCAACAGCCUGGCUCAUCAAGCACUCUUGCCGCUGAUGCGGCUGCUACGGCCCUCCACACAUCCAAUUCCGACCUUUUGAUAGACCUGUCCGAACCCCCACCUCCCAUAAGCCGUACAACUUCGAAUACGAAAGGCAUAUUACCCAGCACCCCAACACCGUUCCCACCCCCAAAACCCAAAUUUCAAUCCGAUUAUUUAAAUCUAGGCGGGCAUCCGGAGGAAGGGCCACCUUCAGGAUGCGGCGCCACGUUCGCUCAAGGAAAUAAUCCCAUCUCCACUUUGCCGCCCCAGCUACUUGGAAAUAAUACUGGUGAGGGAUACAUGACUCCGAUGAAACCUGCGACAAGCACGACGACACCUGUUCCUCAAUAUAAGGGUCGCGGUUCGAGUUAUUCGAAUUCCCAAUCAUCGGUCGGUAAUGACGAUGCCUUGUGCAGCACGCUUAGCAGUAUGCCCAUCAACACUGUCCGUACAUCUUUAAUAGCGCGGGGGACCAAGCCCGAGGUGUCGGGGGCAGAAUUCCAUACUCAACCAAACAACUCAUUGUUACCGAAGCAACACGUUUCAUCAGAUACGGCAGAAUGCAGUAGAAGCAUUGAAAAUGUCAUGAAGAACCUCCCCAAGGGCAUUGAUGAGAACGCAGCACGGCAAAUCCUAAAUGAUAUAGUGGUUAGAGGAGACGAAGUCCACUGGGACGAUGUUGCUGGGUUGGAAGUUGCUAAGAACGCACUCAAAGAAGCCGUCGUAUACCCUUUCCUACGUCCGGAUCUAUUCAGUGGGCUCCGUGAACCUGCUCGAGGAAUGCUCCUCUUUGGGCCUCCGGGAACGGGGAAAACGAUGCUUGCCCGAUCCGUGGCUACGGAAUCUCACUCCACCUUUUUCUCCGUGUCCGCAUCAAGCUUAACAUCAAAAUGGCAUGGUGAGAGCGAGAAACUCGUGCGUGCUCUUUUCGGACUGGCAAAACACAUGGCUCCAUCUAUCAUCUUCGUUGACGAGAUCGACUCCUUGCUUUCCGCGAGGUCCGCGUCUGGCGAAGCAGAAGUGUCCCGACGAACCAAGACGGAGUUCCUCAUACAGUGGUCGGACUUGCAACGAGCAGCGGCUGGGCGGGAGCAAACGGAGAAAGAGAAGAAGGAUGGCGAUCCGAGUCGGGUGUUAGUUCUUGCUGCGACGAAUAUGCCGUGGGAUAUUGAUGAGGCUGCUAGGCGGCGGUUUGUGAGGAGACAGUAUAUCCCGUUACCAGAACCAGGGGUGCGGAAGAUGCAAAUUGAACGCUUGUUGAGCCAUCAGAAACAUGAUCUAUCGAGUGAGGAUAUCGAGACUCUUGUUCAGGCUACUGAUGGCUUCUCCGGCUCCGAUAUCACCGCCUUGGCCAAAGAUGCCGCCAUGGGCCCGUUGCGCAACCUAGGUGAAGCCCUCCUAUAUACUCCCAUGGACCAGAUCCGGCCCAUCCACCUCGCAGACUUUGAGGCGUCGCUAUGUUCUAUACGACCUAGUGUUAGUCGCGAGGGCCUCAAGGAGCAUGAGGACUGGGCAAAGGAGUUUGGUGAGAGAGGCGGUUAG